AUGCAUGCAGUGCAACACUUCAGUCCGCAAGACGACGGCGUGCAAGAGCGACCAGCCAAACGACGAGCCCGAAGCGCCGUUGCUUGCCAGCGAUGCAAAGGCCGCAAGCAACGCUGUGACAAUGAGUUCCCUUCCUGUUCCAACUGCCUCUCUGCCGGCGAGCCUUGCUCUUACGGCGUCAAGCAAGUAUAUCCGUCAGAAUACGUCAGGUCAUUGGAGAACCACAUCGCUCACCUAGAGCAGUCAUUGACCUCCGUCGACCCCAAAUUAGCAGCAGACCAUCUCGCAAAUUUGAACGAGGCGACAGCACCUAGCUCAUCGAGAGUGUCUGCCGAGCCGCAGGGCCAAGAUGACAGAGAAGAGAACUCAGAGCCAAGCCUGGAAUUGGGGGUCGGCUUCGUUGCAUUGUCGCCCAACUCUUAUCUUGGAACAUCCAGUGGGUUUCAGCUUGCUAAAUUGGUCAAAUCUGCAAUGAAUGUGCCAAACCUGGAUUCAAGUUCAACACGGGAAUCGCGCCUUAGAUCGGACAGACCUGUCACCUCUGAGCAAUCCAAGCAGCAUCCGGGAUCCGACAGCCUUGUUUUCGCUGAGAUGCCUGCCGAUAAAAUGGGGGAAGAACUCACCAGCACUUAUCUGCUGAAGGUGUACCCCAAGCACCCUUUCUUGUCUAAGAAGAGGGUUCAUGCUCUGCAUCAAGAUCGAGCGAGUCUCAUGUCUGCGCAUCAUUCACAAUCGAAGGAAGCCCGGUCGAGUCGAUUAGACUAUGCUAUUCUGCAUUUGGUUUAUGCCAUUGGGGCAAGGUACCUGCAACUGGCGGAUGACAACUCGCAUCCAUCACCUGAGUCUCACUACGCCGCUGCUUUGACAGAGAUUGAUAUAAUCUCAGAUGUGCGCAGCCUGGAGAACUUGGAAGCAAUGCUCCUGUUGUCCAUCUACCAGUUAAGAUCGCCUACUGGUCCAGGCGUAUGGUGGAUGAUAGGUACGACGAUGCGACAUUGCCUCGACGGUGGUCUACAUCGAAAGACAAAUAAUCUUUCCAACCUGGUCGAUCAGCGGCGCAAACGCAUAUUCUGGACGGCGUACAUGUUGGAAAGGUCUGUUGCCAGGACCGUUGGUCGUCCAUACUCUGUGUCAGAUAGAGAUAUCGACGUUGCACUACCGGCAAACAUCGAGGACUCGUACGAAACGGAAGAAGAGAUCACUGCCGCAAUUGCGCAGUCACUGGCAAAUCCACGUCGCAUCACCUCCCUUACACCCGCUAUCCACAUUAUUCGGAUCCAACAACUAGAAUCCAAAAUCUCCCAUACCGUCUGCCGGGUGGACAAACCCAUAUCCGAGAUCAAGUCGCACAAGAUUGCCAAACUUCGAAAUGCACUCGAGGAGUGGAAGGCUGCCAUCCCAUACGUCUCACAUCCAGAGAAAGAAGGGAAGCUCCCUUACAGCACCACCGACUACCACAUGAUACAAUACCACAAGGCCUUGGUGCUCCUGUUCCUCCCUUUGCUUCCGUCGCUUUCACCGUCGCACCCCGACUUUCGCUUGUUCGCCUACUCGGCCGGACAAAUCUGUCAGAUGUACAAAAGGCUGCACAACAAUCAGUCCUACAUUUCGUUCUCGCUCCUCGCGUUGCAUGCUAAUUUCGUGGCCGGGCUUGCUCUGGUCUACUGUUUCUGUCUGGAUCCGACGCUCUUCGAUGCCAAUUUUAGCAGUGACAUCCGCGCCUGCAGCACGAUGCUGUACGCCAUUUCGGAACGCUGGCCAGCGGCCCGAAAAGUCCGCAAUGCCUUUGAGAGUCUCGUCUCCGCCACAAUCGAGGGAAAUCAUGGCAAUUCUUCUGCGUCGUCCUCUGGGCGGACUACUCGCGUCUCGGGCAGAAUCACUCAGGGACAACAUGCACUCGCGGAGCAAUCACUGCUGAGCAGCAAUGGAGGUAAUAACAGCGAUCGAUUUGCGGAGAAUAGAGUCCAGGAUAGCGUUUGGGACAGCUUUGAAACUGUGCUUGGAGAUUAUCAAAUCAACGAAACAUGGAUGUACGAUGGCAUCAUUCAAGCCAUGGACACAUUUCCCACGGAUGGCUGGUCUAUGUGGGGAGAUUUCUGAUCCUCGGGCUGUACCCUGUC